AUGGACCAUGAUGGCGACGGGCAGAUUUCAGUCCCUUUGGAGCGGAUGGGGCGGAUGGGGAAGGAGCAGGUUGAGAUGGUUGAGGAAGCCGAGGAAACAAACGAUCCCUUUAAGGUCUUUAAGGUGGCAGAGGUGGAGAAGGAACUGCGAGUGCUGAAAGAGCAGGGCAUCAUGGACAAGGAUAUGAACCGACGAGAGGUGGAGCGGGUCUUCCGGGAUUGGGACACCGACAACAGCGGCGCCAUGUUGAAGGAUUUCAGCUACACCGAGUUCUUAGCUGCCACAUUCUGCAGGAAGACCUGCUUGACGGAUGCCGUCUGCCGGGAGGCCUUCAAUACAUUGGACAAGAACAAGGAUGGCCUGUUAGAUCUCAAUGAGCUCCACACCGGGCGCAUGCUGGGUCAUGUCGACAUGGAGGAACUCAAAGAAACCUUGGAGGACUUGGACCAGAACGGCGACUCCUUGCUCGACUGCAACGAGUUCAUCACGAUGCUCCGUACUACUACCAGCGCCAAGACGCCCCGCGCCAGUCGCUCCAACACCAACACCAGCUUCGGCUUGCGGUCGCGCGCCGACACACAGACGAGCCUGGGCGGCGCUUCGCCGGGCACACUGUCUGCGAAGAGCACCGGUGUGGCGGAGACUGGUGUGGCGGAGUGA